GAUAGAACGAGAACUCGAAGCGGCAACAAUCGAGCAAAUCGUUGAUGUUUCAAUCAAUAGCACGUUCACUAUCUUUCUCAAGCGCCCGCUUUCUUCAUCGCUCGGUGAUUAAUCGUCGAACAUUUUGCAGUCUAUCUGUGCCGAUGUCUAGUUGGUCCUGCAAAAAAUGCACAUUCCUCAACCCACCUUCUCAAAAGGCAGCCUGCAAAAUCUGUCUAUCUCCUUCAUCUCCACCGCCAUCACCGUCUUCUUCCUCCGCCCCUCAAUGGUCCUGCAAGGCCUGCACCUUCCUGAACCCAUAUAAGAAUUCCGAUUGCGAACUCUGUGGCACUAGGGCUCCGUCCCUCUCGCUUUCGAGUUUCAAGGAUUUGAUUGAUGUCAGCGAGGAUGCGGAUGCGGAUUCUUCUGUUGGGUCUGUGUUCUUUCCCUUGCAGCCCUGCAAGAAAAGGAAACUAGACGAUCCUGUUCCUGUGGUGGGUGGUGACAAUUUCGCUGAAUUGGGCGCAUUUCGUGGUGUUAAGGCAUCGGCGAACACUAUUGCUGAAAUGGGGGAUUCUAGUUCUAGGACAAGUUUGACACCCAUAAAGAUUUUGACUUACAAUGUAUGGUUCCGAGAAGAUUUGGAGAUGCGUAAUAGAAUGAGAGCCCUUGGACAACUUAUCCAACGGCAUUCACCAGAUGUUAUUUGUUUCCAGGAAGUUACUCCAGAUAUAUAUAACAUCUUCCAGAUUACCAAUUGGUGGAAAGUUUAUCGCUGCUCGGUCAAGAAGGAUGCUCAUUCAAGGGGAUACUUUUGUAUGCUGUUGAGCAAACUGCCGGUGAAAUCCUUCAGUUGUCAACCAUUUUCCAAUUCCAUAAUGGGGAGAGAACUCUGCAUUGCCAAUCUUGAAGUUCAAAAUGGCCUUUCAUUGACAGUAGCAACAAGCCAUCUUGAGAGUCCUUGCCCUGCACCUCCAAAAUGGAAUCAAAUGUAUAGCAAAGAGCGUGUAAUUCAAGCCAAAGAAGCCAUCAACUUUCUCAAGGAAAAUCCGAACGUCGUUUUCGGCGGCGACAUGAACUGGGAUGAUAAGUUGGAUGGUCAGUUUCCUUUUCCCGACGACUGGAUUGAUGCCUGGGAAGAAUUACACCCCGGUGAAAAUGGUUGGACAUACGAUACCAAAUCAAACAAGAUGUUAUCUGGGAACCGUACGCUGCAAAGGCGUCUGGAUAGAUUUGUUUGUAAGUUACAAGAUUUCAAGGUAAGUUCCAUUGUAAUGAUUGGGACUGAUCCAAUUCCUGAAUUAACAUACACAAAGGAGAAGAAAGUAGGUAAAGAAAUGAAGAUGCUUGAGCUCCCUGUUUUGCCCAGUGAUCAUUAUGGCCUGCUCUUGACCAUAAGCAGCCUGUAAUCUGUUGUUUUCUUAGUUAGUUUCGU